AUGCAAAUUUUAGGUCGGAGUAGCGCAGGAACACUCAGCGAUUAUUCGUCAUUCGAAGAAGCUGAGUUAAUUCCGUCAAAAUCAAAGAAAAAGAAACUGAAGAAGAAGCAAAGAGGAGAAUACGUCGCAUUAACCGAACUUGAUGAAACUUUUAGCUUAGAGCGCGAAGAUCUACACACUGCUUUAGAAUGUGGUGAGUGCAUUGACUAG